GCCUGACGCGCUUGCGCGUCUCCCGCUGAGCUCCGUUGUCAUGACAACACUGGUCGGUUGUAGUUGAGCGACCCCGACUUUUUGCUCUCUUAGGACAAUUCCCGGUGGCGGCCCUAAGCCUACCUCAGGUAGAGGACCGACCCCCUCUUCCCGGCACAUUCCGGAUCUUUCCGGCUCCCCGUGAGCUCGUUGUGCCCGGCCGGGUCGCGGUUCGCCCAGGAGAGGCGUGCUUCUCUCUCUAGUUAGCAUCCGGAGGUGACUGUUCCUGAAAGUCAUAAAGGCCCCGGAGCCACCACUGUGCCCCGCGCGUGGGCCUAGGGAAAGGAUUGUGGGACCAGCUUCGUCGUGCACAGCCUUGCAUCUGGAUGAAGCUCUGCAGGCCUUUGAUCACGCCAGCAUCCGAGGUCAUCAACAGAAGCCCAAAUAAGGGAACCCAAAGAAAUGUGUCAAGAAGGCUUAUCUAGACUAGCUCUGAACAGCUGCAGUAAACAGACCGAGUGCUCACUGGAAGAGAGGAGGAUGCUAGGGGUGGCACCGGAACUUGUGGACUCCAUGCUGGAGUCCCGAAGACACCCAGGCAGUAGCCUGCAGAAAGAAUUUCCCCAGAAUGAAGACCUGGCUAAAGGCAGUGAGCCUCAGAACCGCCUCUUUGGGGAAGUGGAAUGCAUGGCCCAGAGGCUGCAGGCAGCCUUAGAGGAGAUCCAGAGGAGAGCUGAGGAGCCACAAGAGCAGGGCGAAGAACAGAGAAAGUUAGACAUUGCACUUGAGAAUGCUCGGCUGGAAAUUGAAAAGUUGAAGACUAAUCUGAUAAAACUGAAAGAAAGUGAUGCAACUGACUUACUGAGAUCAGCAAGAGAACAUAACCAGAGGCUGAACCAAGAGAUCCUGGCCUUAAGAAACCGGGUGCGAUCACUUGACUCAGAGAAAAAGGUGCUUGGAGAGAUGGUCUUGAAGUUUUCACAAGAAUUGGAGCAGUUAAAGCAUUGUUCUGUAGGGGACGGAACUGCUAGUUUAAUGACAAGUGAAGAGCUGCUGUCUAAAGUGCCACUUGUGGAAGCAGAGCUUCUGAGCCCAAGGGAAGAAAGACAGGCACCCUGUUCUGAAUUAGGAGAAAGUAAGCAGGAGGAAAUGCCAGAGGAGUCAGUGAAGGCGGCCACUUUUCCAAGAGAGAGACGGGAGGAGCCACAGCAGAAUGGAGACCAUGAACAGCUGUUGGCCAUGAAGCCCAGAGAAGCUGGGAGGCUUGGAGAAGAGCUGAGCCUGCAGUCUCAGCGAAGUGGGGAUAGUUCAGAUGACAGUAGCACCCAGAUCCUAACGUCUGGGGAGAAGGUGAACGGCCAGCAUCAAGGGGAAGUACAGCAGCUGCGGCAGAACCUGCACCGCCUCCAAAUCCUGUGCAACUCGGCUGAAAAGGAGCUGCGAUAUGAGCGGGGCAGGAGCUCGGACUUCAAACAGCACAACAGCUUGCUUCAGGAGGAGAACAUCAAGAUCAAAAUGGAACUGAAGCAGGCCCAGGAGAAGUUGCUAGACAACGCCCGGGAACAGUCCUCACUCACGGCAGAAUGGAAGCACUGUCAGCAGAGAGUCAAGGAGCUGGAGCUGGAGGGACUCAGGCAGGCUCAGAGCAUUAAAUCCCAGCAGAACCUUCAGGAAAAGCUGGCUCAGGAGAAAUCCAAAGCGGCCGAUGCACAGGAAAAGAUUUUGGACCUGCAGAAGAAGUUAGACCAUGCUCGGCAAACCUGCCUUUCGGAUGCUUGUAUUUUGCAUAAGAAGCAACUGGAGGACGAGAUCAAGGAAGCAAAGAGCAGUGAGUACAGGCUCCAGCAGCAGUGUCAAGAGGAGCAGCAGAGGAGGGUACUCCUGGACCAGGAAAUAAAUGAGCUCCAGAGGCAAGUGAGAACCCUGCAGGAUAAGGAGGACCAACAGGAAGCAACCAACUUCCAGCAGCAAGAGGCUCUACGCAGACAACUGGAAAAUGAGAGAAGGAAGUAUGAAGAGUCUGUCAAGAGCAACCAGGAACUGUCGGAGAAGUUGUCGAGGUCACAGCAAGAAAAGGAAGCUCUGUGGAAAGAACACGGGAGGUUUUUGGAGCAACUUGGUGAGCAUGUGAGAAACUACAAAGACAAACACCACUGCCACAAAGCCAAGUUUCAAAAGGUCAAGGACCGUCUGACUCAUGAAUUAGAAGUACGAAAUAAGAGGAUUAAAGAACUUGAAGAUGAAACCAGGAAACUGGAACAAAAAAUUGAAAUGGAGAAGACGUUCCAGGGCCAGAUCAUGACCCAAAAUGACAUCCUCCUCCUGGAAAAGAGAAAGCUUCUAGAACAAGUCACAAAUCAAGAAGAUCUGAUCUGCAGGAAUAAGUCCACAAUCUCUGCGAUCCAGAGCAAGGCGUUUUUACUGGAUAAAGAAAACCAGCAGUUGCAGGAAAACUGCCUCCGGCUCAAGCAGCAUAUCAGUCUCUUAGAACGCGUUAUAAGGAGCAUCCAUAUUCGCAGAGCAGAAGAAACAGUAAUCAGUGACAAUGCUGCCUUUGAAAUAUUCAGAAAGAUACUACCUUUACAGAGUUCCAGUUUCUCAGGAACAGGGUUGGUAUUGUCAGUUGAAAAUCUCCAGGAGACAGAGCUACGUAAGUCAGAAGGAGCAGCAGCCAUCCCCAAGUCCCCUGAACCUCUUUCAUGUUCACAGAAUUCAGAAAGUGGAUAUAUAAACGUGACUUCUCUAAAAGAUACAUACAACACACAGGGGGACCAGAAGCCAGGACUAUGACACCCCUGGUGUCUAAAAGAGUACUAAUUGAGCCUACCAACUCAGAGGGUGAAUGUAAAGGUGCUAACUGACCUGGAAUAGUCUCAUGCAACACCCUGGACAAGCAACAAGGAGCCUUUAAAACUGCUGAUUAAACAGUCAUUAAAAAUGUUUCUAAAAAUGGA